AUGUUCAACAUUGCCUUUAUGUUGGGCUCAAUGCAGCUCGCAAAAAAGGUUGACUGGGAAGACCCUCAGACUCUUUUCUUGGCACGUGUGGGUUACUAUGGUGCACAGGUCUUGGUUAUUGCCAUGUCUUAUCUCUUGAUUACCUUGAUCAAGAAGAAGAACGAUACUACACCUCUUCGUUACGUAAACCAGCCAAAGCCUUCUCUUGGAUCCCCUAGCGGCGGUGCUGCUGAAACAGUCGAGACUACCGUUGCAGAGUAUGAUAUCAGUCAGGUCAAGCAAUUCAUCCAGUCUACUGCUACUUCUAUCCUCAUGAUCUCGGUUAUGCAUUGGCAAUUCAAGUUCACCCAGCCUUUGUUGCUCCAAUCUAUUUUGCCCAUCAAGAACCUGUUGACUCACAAGGAGGCCUUGAUUCAUUUGUGGGGUGAUGCUCCCGAAGGUGCUCUCCAGCGUCCUUUCGCUGCUGAGAACCCUCUUGGUGCUUUGAUGGGUGCUCUUGGUGGCGGUGCUGCUACUGAAGCUGCUGCUGAGGACAAUCACGAGAAGAAGGAAUAA